AUGGGGAAAGGCGAAGCACUCUCAGAUGGGGUGGUGAAGAAAAUCAUCCUCUCCUACACAUACGUAGCCAUAUGGAUCUUCCUCUCCUUCACAGUCAUAGUCUACAAUAAGUACAUCUUGGAUCGGAAGCUCUAUAACUGGCCAUUCCCCAUCUCGCUCACCAUGAUUCACAUGGCCUUUUGCUCUUCCUUAGCCUUCACCGCCGUCCGAGUUUUCAAACUCGUCGAACCUGCUGCCCUCUCGCGGCGCGUGUACCUCACGUCCGUCGUACCCAUCGGCGCCCUUUAUUCACUCUCCCUCUGGCUCUCCAAUUCUGCUUACAUCUACCUCUCUGUCUCCUUUAUCCAGAUGCUCAAAGCCCUGAUGCCCGUUGCUGUGUACUCAAUCGGCAUCCUCUUCAAAAAGGAUAGCUACAAGAACAACACCAUGUUAAACAUGCUCGCAAUUUCAAUCGGUGUCGCAAUUGCCGCCUAUGGAGAAGCUAAGUACGAUUCGUGGGGUGUUUUUCUUCAAUUAGGCGCAGUUGUUUUCGAGGCCACAAGAUUGGUCAUGAUUCAGAUUCUAUUGACUUCCAAGGGUAUUAAUCUGAACCCCAUUACUUCUCUAUAUUACGUUGCACCCAGUUGCUUUGUCUUUCUCUCAAUUCCCUGGAUUUUCGUUGAGUACCCAAUACUGAAACAGAAAUCGGAUUUUCAUUUCGAUUUCGUCAUUUUCGGAACAAAUUCCCUAUGCGCUUUCGCUUUGAACUUGGCCGUGUUCUUGCUCGUGGGAAAAACUUCUGCGUUGACCAUGAAUGUCGCCGGUGUGGUUAAGGAUUGGUUGCUCAUCGCAUUUUCGUGGUCGGUGAUUAAGGAUACGGUGACUCCGGUGAACUUAAUCGGGUACGGACUGGCAUUUUUGGGCGUUGCGUACUACAAUCAUUUGAAAUUGCAGGCGUUGAAGGCCAAGGAGGCGCAGAAGAAGGCACAGUCGGCCGAUGAGGAGGCUGGAAAAUUGCUGGAGGAAAGAGAAGGGGAAGGAAAUGGAAGAAAGGGAGAUUCACAGGCUUAA